AUGCUAGGAACGAUCUUGGACACAGUCCAAGGUAAUCCUGUUGGGGCGAUUGGUGGUCUGCUUGUUGGCUCGCUGCUCAUAUUCUGGGUUGUACCAUUUCUAUACAACUUUUUCUUCUCCCCCUUGAGAAAUGUGCCUGGACCGUUCUGGGCUCGAUUUAGCAUUCUCUGGGAAUUCCGUCAGCUGGUGAAAGGCCGCUCACAUGAAGAAUAUAUCAGAUUGCAUAAGAAAUAUGGUCCGGUGGUCCGGGUCAGCCCAAAGAGAUACAGUGUCAUCGACCCACAGGAUGUGAAGAAGAUAUACGGCUUUGGUGGGGAUUUUCCAAAAUCGGAAUUUUACGACUCCUUAGGUGAUCCAAAGAAUAUCUUCACUGUGCGAGAUAAUGAGGACCAUAAGGACCGACGAAGGAAAGUUGCAUCCCUGUACACCAUGUCGGCCAUGGUAGCCUAUGAAGACGCAGUCGAUCGGAUGACAACUCUCUGUAUUAAAAAGAUGAAUGAGCUUGCAGCCAAUCGAAAGUUGAUCUCGAUACCCAAGUUCAUGCAGUUCUAUGCAUUCGAUGUGAUUGGGGAGAUUACGUUUGACCAAAACUUCGGAAUGAUGGAGAAUAUGGGCGAUACUCAAGGCAUUAUCAAAGAGAUCCAUACCUUGAACAACACGAUUGGCUUUAUGGGUUUACUACCGGAGUUGCAGAGUACCUUCCGGGCAGCACAGAAACUCUUCUUCAGUGGAACCUCUACUGGUAAACUGACUGAAUACAUCUGGAGUCAGUACUGGAAGCAUCGUAAUACGAACAGCGGUGCCAAGCAAAAGUCCCAAUACGACACCUUUCUGCGAAAGGUACUUGAGUUGGAGGCUGCCCACAAAGUUGGACGCAAUAAUGUGCUCGACUCAUGUGGAUCGAAUAUCGGCGCCGGUUCUGACACCACUGGUAUCACCUUGAGCGCUGCUUUAUGGUAUAUCUACCGUAAUCCCGACAAGCUGGCAAAGCUGCGUCAAGAGAUUGACACCAUGACUGCCGAAGGCCGCAUUUCAGAUCCAGUGACGUAUAAACAAGCGCAAGAGAUGCCGUACCUCAACGCUGUCAUCAAGGAGACGCUUAGGGUGCAUCCUGGUGUUGGGACGAUAUUGGCAAGAGUUGUACCAAAAGGAGGCAUCACCCUUACUGGAGGAUAUUAUGUACCAGAAGGAACACAUAUUGGCACGAAUGCAUGGCCCUUACAUUACAGUGAAACCGUUUAUGGCUCUGACGCGGAUAAAUACAGGCCAGAACGCUGGUUGGAGGACAAGCCACAGCCUGACUACAGAGACUCGAUGAUGUUUGCAUUCGGUAGCGGCUCUCGAACCUGCAUUGGCCGUAAUAUCAGCCUCUUGGAGAUCACCAAGAUCCUGCCCCAGAUCGUCCGCAAAUUUGACUUGAAGUUCGAGGAGAAGGACCCAUGGGACGCAUGGUGUGCGUGGUUCGUGUACCCGAAGUACAAGUGCUGGAUUGAACCACGGAAGGCUGUCGAAAGUGAGGCUUAG